CCCGCCCCUAUUAAGGCCCUCCAAACACUCUGAAGGCUCUCUCGUUAGGGUUUCAAUUCAAUUUCCCAAAACCUUCGUCCCAAAUUCGUCCCAAAUUCCAAUUUCAGAUCAAAUACGCAUUUCUAAAUGCACUUUCAUUAAUAAAAUUCUACUUAUGUAGAAAUUGAACAGGAAGAACUUACUUAAUUUCGACUGAAAACAUGGCUGCUAUCAGUUUCAGUGCAGUUUCACUCUAUCCUUAUGCUCACAAGGGUUCUCUAUUUCUAGCAGCUAACCCAAAUCCUAGUAGACAAUGCAUUUCUUGCUGUGGACCAUCGCAUUCUACUUCAACUAUAGGUUCACGUGGUGGGUCGAGAGAACCUCGUAAAAGAUCUCGAGGAAGAGCCGAGGGACCUCGAAAAAGUAUGGAAGAUUCUGUUCAACGUAAGAUGGAACAGUUCUAUGAAGGUUCUGAUGGCCCACCGUUGCGUGUUCUUCCAAUUGGUGGUUUGGGAGAAAUUGGAAUGAAUUGCAUGCUUGUUGGAAAUUUUGAUCGGUAUAUUUUGAUCGAUGCUGGUGUGAUGUUCCCUGGCUAUGAUGAGCUUGGCGUCCAGAAAAUCAUACCUGAUACCACGUUUAUCAAGAAAUGGAGCCACAAAAUUGAAGCAGUUGUAAUAACCCAUGGUCAUGAAGACCACAUUGGUAAUUCCUGCUUUGGAUGCACGCACGCCUAUAUUUGCAUCUUCCUUUACAAUGGAGUAGCCUUUCCUGUUUUUGUGCAGCUUAUCAAGAAGAGAUUGAAGGAGUUUGGGAUUUUUAUUCCUUCUAGGCUCAAGAUAUUUAAAACAAAAAUGAGAUUUGUUGCUGGGCCAUUUGAGGUGGAACCGAUUAGGGUUACACAUUCCAUUCCAGAUUGUUGUGGAUUGGUUCUUCGCUGUGCUGAUGGUACUAUUCUUCACACAGGGGACUGGAAGAUUGAUGAGACACCAUUAGAUGGGAAAGUAUUUGACCGUGGAGCUUUAGAAGAGCUUUCUAAAGAAGGAGUUACCUUGAUGAUGAGUGAUUCAACGAAUGUACUCUCGCCUGGAAGGACACUUAGUGAGACUGUUGUAGCGGAUGCAUUGUUGCGUCGUAUUUCAGCUGCUAAAGGUAGGGUUAUCACUACCCAAUUUGCAUCAAAUAUUCAUCGUCUCGGAAGUGUGAAAGCUGCAGCUGACUUGACCGGCAGAAAAUUGGUUUUUGUUGGAAUGGCAUUGAGGACAUAUCUGGAUGCUGCAUGGAAAGAUGGAAAGGCACCUAUUGAUCCAUCAACACUGGUGAAAGUGGAAGACAUUGAUUCUUAUUCACCCAAAGACUUACUCAUUGUAACUACUGGCUCUCAAGCAGAACCACGUGCUGCACUGAAUCUUGCAUCAUAUGGAAGUAGCCAUUCACUCAAACUGACACAAGAGGAUUUGAUUUUGUAUUCUGCUAAGGUUAUACCUGGUAACGAAACUCGGGUGAUGAAAAUGCUUAAUCGUAUAUCAGAAAUAGGGUCAGCUAUUGUGAUGGGCAAGAAUGAGUACUUGCACUCGUCUGGUCAUGCUCAUCGUGAAGAAUUGGAUGAAGUGCUUAAAAUUGUGAAGCCACAACAUUUUCUACCCAUUCAUGGGGAGCUUUUAUUCCUAAAAGAGCAUGAAUUGUUGGGAAAAUCAACUGGCAUUCGGCAUACUGUGGUCAUAAAGAAUGGAGAGAUGCUUGGUGUCUCACACCUGAGGAACAGAAGAGUUCUAUCUAAUGGUUUCACUUCCCUGGGGAAAGAAAACCUACAGUUGAUGUAUAGUGAUGGUGACAAAGCAUUUGGGACAUCUACCGAGCUUUGCAUUGAUGAGAGACUUAGGAUAGCAUCAGAUGGUAUUAUAGUCAUCAGUAUGGAAAUUUUACGCCCCCAGGCUUCAAACAGUCUAACGGAGAAAACACUAAAAGGGAAGAUAAAAAUUACAACACGUUGCUUAUGGCUUGACAAAGGAAAACUUUUAGAUGCACUGCACAAAGCUGCACAUGCUGCACUAUCAAGUUGUCCUGUAAACUCACCUCUGGUUCACAUGGAGAGGACUGUUUCUGAAGUUCUGAGAAAAGUAGUUAGGAAAUAUAGUAGCAAAAGACCUGAAGUCAUUGCAAUAGCUUUAGAAAACCCAGCAGGAGUCCUAGCUGAUGACAUAAAUGGAAAGCUAUCGGAAAGGUCACGUGUGGGUUUAGGAAUUUCAACAUUGAGAAAAGCAGUUGAUGGGCAUCAAAGAAAGCGACGACCUAAUGGGGCACAGGAGGUUGAUGACAGUGACAGCCAUGCACAUUUAAGAAGCAUCAUGCAACAAGAUUUAGAAGAUAAUGAGAUGGAUUUUGAUAAACUGCUGUCCAAGGAUGAAGCUAAUUCAGUUUCUACAUCAUCGGAGGCAUUCUCUUCAAAUGGUGCAGAAUCAGACAACUUUUGGAAAUCAUUUGUACAAAUACCAACAAACAAUGUGUUGGAGGAAGGUAAUACCAGCUUGCAGUUACAGAAGGAACACUAUGAAAAUUCAGAAAUAGACAGCGGUGAGCUUGAUUCAGGCCUACCAAAAUCGGAACUUAAGUCUUCCAAGUCUGUGAAACCGAACAAAUGGAAGCCUGAAGAGAUCAAAAAGCUAAUUCGAAUGCGUGGGGAACUUCAUAACAGAUUCCAAGUUGUCAAGGGUCGAAUGGCUCUCUGGGAAGAAAUAUCUUCCAAUUUGUUAUCUGGUGGAAUAAGUCGAAGCCCAGGACAAUGCAAAUCUCUGUGGGCAUCUUUGGUUCAGAAAUAUGAGGAAAGUAAGACUGAUUCUAAAAGCGGGGAAAAGUGGCCUUACUUUGAUGACAUGAACAAAAUCUUUGUCAGACAUUGAUGUACCAUUACCAAAAUGAUACUACAAGUGCUUGGAUUUGUCACUGUUGGCAGCAUUAAGAUUUCAUUGAUGCAAGGUGAAGCCAAAGGUGCUUGCUUCUUGCGCAUGUCCAUUUUGAAGAGGUCAAGUUUUAUUAUGUAGCGAAUGUCGGCCAAUGUGCUGAUGAUUAUGACACAGACAAAGGCAAUGAUUUUGUGACAUGGGAUCAAGUGUCAUGGGUGCAAGACUGCACAGAGAUAUGUACUUUUUUGGUAGGCUUAAAGAGUUAUAAGCAUUAGAUAGAUUUGUAGAGCUCUUGUAGAGUCCUCCUGUGCGAUGACACCGUUAAUGUCAUAGCAGACUCUUAUCAUAGGGCUAUUAGUAUGUGAGCUCUAAAGUCAUGGGUUUAUUGAUGUAUAAAUAGGAUUUAUCUUAUUAAUAAUUAGUUAUUUUAAUUAAUUAAAUAAAGUCA